UUGAGUCUCAGUAGUGACGACAACUUAUAUUCAAAAGAAACACAGACCGAUAAAAGAACAGAGCAUGUUCACCUGUAACAUAUCCACUAGUAAGUAUCUCUUUGGUAGUAGCCAUGAAGCGCGUCUAGUCUCCCCUUCUUCUACCUCCCUGAGUAAAGCAAAUUUGAUCCAAAUUCAUCGCCACCCACUUCCCUGCCGCUGCGUUUUAUCUCGACCUGAACAGGAUAUGGAAUCAUCCCCCACCGAUCAUCAAUUCCACAACAAUCAGACCCCUUUCACUUUCCUUACUUGCAAACCCUAUACUCCUCCUUCCUGGGCCUCUCAUCUAAGACCAACUCCAUCACAGAUCUUCUCUCUUGGCCAUUUUCCCACACCAAUUCACAAAUGGAACCUUCCUAAUUUGCCCAAGGGAACUGAAGUUUGGUUGAAGAGAGACGAUCUUUCUGGAAUGCAAUUAAGUGGUAACAAGGUCAGGAAACUAGAAUUCUUGUUGGCAGAUGCGGUAGCACAAGGAGCCGAUUGCAUUAUAACCAUUGGAGGCAUCCAAAGCAAUCAUUGCCGAGCAACUGCAGUUGCAGCUAAAUAUUUGAAUUUGGACUGUUUUCUUAUCCUGCGUACCUCAAAGGUUCUUGUGGACAAAGAUCCUGGCUUAACAGGUAAUAUCUUGGUGGAGCGAUUGGUUGGAGCACAUAUUGAUCUUGUCUCAAAAGAAGAGUAUGCACAAAUUGGAAGCCUGGUCCUUACAAAUUUGCUAAAAGAAAAAUUGAUUAAAGAAGGAAGAAACCCAUAUGUAAUACCUGUAGGUGGAUCAAAUUCCUUGGGUACAUGGGGAUAUCUUGAGGCAAUAAGAGAGAUUGAGGAACAACUACAUACUGCAAAAUUUGAUGACAUUGUUGUGGCAUGUGGCAGUGGAGGUACUGUUGCUGGUUUGGCUCUUGGAUCAUCUUUGAGUAAGCUAAAGGCAAAAGUUCAUGGAUUCUCUGUAUGUGAUGAUCCUGAUUAUUUCUAUAACUAUGUCCAAGGCUUACUUGAUGGUCUCCAAGGGAAUAUCAGUUCACGGUCUAUACUUGACAUUCAAAAUGCAAAAGGACUAGGCUAUGCUUUGAAUACAAUUGAUGAGCUUAAAUUUGUCAAGGAAAUCGCUGAAACCACUGGGGUUAUACUUGACCCAGUUUACAGUGGGAAAGCCGCCUAUGGGAUGAUAAAUGAUAUGGCGAAUAAUCCAGCAAAAUGGGAGGGAAGAAAAGUUCUCUUCAUGCAUACUGGUGGACUGCUCGGGCUGUAUGAUAAGUCCCAGGAGUUGUCAUCUCUUGUUCAGAAUUGGCGGAGGAUGGAUAUAGCUGAACUUACACCUCGUAAGGAAGGAACCGGGAAGAUGUUCUAAAACAGCAUUACAUUUAUACUCAUCGUUUUCAUGUUUUUUAAUCUAUAACAUGUAAUAAUCAGCUUUUCAGUUGUAAAACUUGUAAUUUAGCAGAUUAGCUUAACUAGUUGAUACUCAAAUACAUACCUAUACUAGGCUUGAAUGGGGAAUAAUUUACCAGAA